AUGGCGUCUGCUGAUCUGAGACAGGAGCUGGACUGUUCCAUCUGCCAGAGCAUUUAUACAGACCCUGUAACCCUGAGAUGUGGCCACAACUUCUGCCGGGGCUGUAUUGAUCGUAUGUUCGAUACCCAUGAGAAAUGGUCAGAAGCGUAUACCUGUCCUGAGUGCAGAGAAGAGUAUAGGAAUCGUCCUAAACUGCAAAGGAACAUAACUCUAUGCAAAAUAGUGGGAAAAUUAACAUCUAUUCGGACAGAUCAGGAGACUGGAUUCUUCUGUUCUUACUGUAUUCACUCUUUUGCACCUGCUGCUAAAUCCUGUCUGCUGUGUGAGGCUCAUCUGUGUGAUAAUCACCUGAGAGUACACAGCAAGUCACCAGAACACGUCUUAUGUGAUCCCACCACUGUCCUGGGGAACAGGAAAUGCUCCAUCCAUAAGAAGGUCCUGGAGUAUUACUGCACUAAUGAUGCCACCUGUAUCUGUGCGUCCGGCUGUCUGAUUGGGGAACACAGAGGACAUCAGAUGGAGUUGCUAGAUGAGGCCUCUGAGAAGAAGAAAGAGAAGCUGAGAGAUGUUCUACAGAAACUGAGCACAAAGAGAGCGGACACUGAGAAAAGACUCUGGAGUCUGCAGGAGCGCAGUAGUGAAGAUAAGAUAAGAGCAGCUGGUGUAACAGAGACAGUCACUGCCCUGUUUAGAGACAUCAGGAGACAGCUCGGAGACCUGGAGAAGAGAGAACCAGACACAGGGGACUUGUGUGAUACUGAGGACACAGAGGACUUGUGUGACACUGAGGACACAGAGACACAUGAUACCCAGGUCCGUGGUGCAGGAGAUCUGAAUGUGGGUCUUAUCUCAGAGACAUUACACACAUUAUCUGAUAUAAUAACAGGGAUAAAUACAGGGAUCUAUGUGCAGGAACCAGCAGACAUAUUACUGGAUUCCACCACAGCUGGUAAUUAUAUACACAUAUCAGGUGAUGGGAAAACUGCAUCCAGGUCACAUAUAUACCAGAAUCACCCAGUAACACCAGAGAGAUUCCAGUGUGAUCAGGUAAUAAGCAGCAGGAGAUUCUCCUCAGGGCGACAUUACUGGGAGGUGGAUGUCAGUAAGUCAGUGAGGUGGGAGGUGGGGAUGUGUUAUCCCAGUAUAGACAGGAGGGGACUUCAGUCAGACAUUGGAUAUAAUAACAAGUCCUGGUGUUUACAUAGAUGUAACAAUAGGUGCUCAGUGAUACAUGACAGCAAAGAGAUCCAGUUAUCUGACAAUAUCCCCUGUGACAGAGUGAGGGUAUACCUGGAUUAUGAGGUAGGACAGCUGUCCUUUUAUUCUCUGUGUGACCCCAUCAGACACUUACACACCUAUAACACCACCUUCACCGAGCCUCUCCAUGCUGCAUUACGGGUGGUGAAGGGGUGUAUAACUAUAUCUGGGGGAAUCAGGAGGAGGGAGACAUGA